AUGAGUGAAGUGAAACAUGCUGUCGAAGUGAUGAUUAAGCAAGUAUGCGAGGACCAAACAUUUAUAAAAAGGUUGGUAGAUUCCGUUUCUUCUGGGAUUUUAAAUAUCUUGGGCGAAAAAAUGGGUCAGCUAGAAAAAAGUGUUGAUCAUAUAAAAACGGAAAUACACUCUAUGAAGGCCAGUCACAAAGAAGAGAUAAAAAACUUGAACGAUAAAAUUGAAAUGCUCGAAAAAAAAGUAUUGGAUACUCCUCGGAAUCCACUAGAUGCAAUUCAAAUUAUGGAAGAGAUCAAUGAAAUCAAAAGUAGAGAGAAUAACAUACUCAUAUUUGGUAUUCCUGAAGAUAUAGUUGAGCCAGCCUUGCCCAUAAAAGAAUUAAUUACAUCUAUUAUUCCGGAUUCCAACAUCAAUACUACUACAAUUAUGAGACUCGGUAAAAAAUUCGAGGGAAAAUCAAGACCAAUCAGAGUAUCAUUGCAAAAUAAAGAAGAUGUGCUUACGCUGAUCAGGAACAAAAGGAGAAUUCAAAGUGCUGACAAGUUCAAGAACGUAUACCUGAGAACUGACCAAACAGUGAAACAACGUGAAUAUUAUAUAACACUACGUAAUGAGUUAACAAUGCGAAAAAACAAUGGUGAAAACAACCUAGUUAUAAAAUAUAAAAAUGGGCAUCCAACUAUAGCAGUAAAAAACUUGUAA